AUGUCGAACCGCCAACUCGCCCGCGACAUGCAAGUCGAAUUCCAAGCCCGCUUCCAAGCGAAACAAGCCCGGCGCGAGGCCCAAAAAGCCGCCAAGCAAGACCCCAUCCUCAAGAAGCAGAUCCAGGAACUCCUCAAAAAGGGCGAAACCCAAAAGGCCUACCAAAAGGCCAAAAUGCUACUGAGCAAGCAGGCCCUCGCCUCGCAGAUGGACCAGGUCGCCGACAUGGCGGAGCUGAGCGCCGCGCAGAUCCAGGCCAACAAUGCGAUGAACCGCAUGACGCACAUGAUGGCCCAGUCGUCAAAGGUGAUGACGGCGGCGCAAAAGAACGCCACGCCCGCAAAGAGCCUCGGUGUUCUCGAAAACUUCAAGGAGCAGAAUGAGGAAUAUGCCAUGACGAAUAGUAUUUACCAGGAUGCCUUUGCGCAGUCUACGUCUGCGCAGGUUCCGGAAGAUGCUGUGCAUGAGCUUCUUGGGAAAUUGGCCGACGAUGCGGGCAUCGAGCUGAAUCAGCAGUUGAAUGAGGCGACGCCGGCGGAUGCUGAGCCUGCGGGGGCGGAACCGACGGCCGAGGAGGAGGAUAAGCUGCAGCAGAGGUUGAGGGCUUUGCGGGCAUGA